GACAUUUCUUAGUUUCAGCGAAAAAUUUUGUCGACGCAAAAUUUUAUUUAAGAGAAACAAUAUUACAUCUCCUUCGAGAAAAGGGCGUGUAACCAAGCUAGAAAUAUGAAGAUUUGUGGUCCAAAAUGCUCCCUGUGUGGGCUAAUUAUCUCCGUUUGGGGUAUUGUGCAAUUGGUGCUCAUGGGUUUGUUUUUCUACAUACAUAGUGUUGCUCUUAUCGAGGACCUGCCGUUGGAGGAGGAGUACAAAACCUUAGAUGAGUUUUACACUGCUGCGAAUACUGCAUAUAAUCAGAAUGCAUAUAACUGUUGGAUUGCAGCGUGUAUCUACGUCCUCACACUGUUGCUCUCUGCACAACAGUUCUACAUGAACAGCAGAAUAACUGCCAACUAAAAUCGAAAGAAAAAUAGAUUGCAUACUGCUCUAUAUAAAAAAAAGCAAAUCUAUUUGAACAGCAAAGCACUUGAGCAUCAACACACUAGUAUUGAAAGGUUAAAAUAAUAUAAUAUAACCCAAAGUUUGUUUUCCAAUACACUUAAAUUCAAGUAAAUAUGAUAUUUAAGUAAAUAUUCCAAUGCGUGUAUAUGUACGUAACACACUUAUUUGUUUGUUAGGGUCACAUUUUCUUGUUAUUUCAAGUUAUUUUGUUUUAUUUGUUAUAUUAAACUGUGUAGCAGUUCAAUGUGUAUAUUACCUUUAUUCAAUGUCAAAAUAAAAUGUAUUUGCUAGCAGCGCAGUCAGUCGUGAAUGGCUAAAGUAACAAUA